GAUAAACACAUCCAUAUCUCACCUGCAGCUGUAUCAACAUAUUUACCUGGUUCAUCAUUAGCAAACGCUGUCUUUUUCAACAUCAAGAGCCUUUACUGAAAAGAGAAGAUCAGAGUUAAACUGACUGAAAGAAACGUUUGUCAGUCAAAAAUACAGAUGGUUUUUGUUAUAGAUGGCACCCUAAUGGCAUGGGAGGAGAUUAAACUCUAUAUUCCACUUGUCAAGAACCAAGCAAGAAUGCAGUUUGUUCAUCAAUACAAGAAAUAUAAGGACCUGAAAAACUACCCAUUUUAUUGGGGUGAUGAGAUUGAAUAUUCGUUAAUACGAUUUGACCAUGAAAAACGAGUUGUCCAGUUACUGUUGAAUGCUACAUCCCUACUUGAAUCUCCGGAAGUAAAGGGAUCAGAAUCAAGCGUGUGGACCCCAGAAUAUGGCGAAUAUAUGAUGGAAGGCAAAUCCAGAAAUCCUUUUGGUAGUUCUAUGGCUGAUCUGAAUCGUAUAGAAGAUUAUUUUAAGGAAAGACGUAAAUCCAUAAAACAAUUGUUGGGCCCAGAUCAAAGUCUAGUUACUUCAACAGUUUUUCCAAGACUGGGCCGACCUAAUUUCACUUUCCCCUCUUUCGAACCAAACAAAAAUCCAACUGAAUUGCACCAAUCGAUCUUCUUAGCAGAUGCUCCUCUGUAUUCCCAUUUUCCGUUAUUUAAUCAGCGAACUCAAAAUAUUGUGAACAGAAGAAAGGAAAGAAUUUCCAUUAACGUACCGAUUUAUAAAGAUAAAAAUACCAUGAUGCCAUAUGGGGAAGACUUGUCUGUGUAUGGAGAAAAUAACGAGAUGAAGAAAUCAUUGAAACCCGGCCAUAUUUACAUGGACACGAAACUAUUUGGGCUUGGUUGUUGUUCCCUCCAAGUUACAUUUCAAGCUGCUGAUAUAAAAGAAGCUGCUUACCUCUAUGACAAUCUGAUACCGCUUACUCCAAUUAUGUUAGCCCUGACCGCUGCCGCUCCCAUUCAUCGAGGAUUUUUGUCUGAUACUGACUGUCGCUGGUGUGCUUUGGUUCAGUCUUGUGAUGACCGAACCAGACAAGAACAGGGGUUAGAACCUUUGACAAUUGGUAACAGUUUGAUCAAGAAAACCCGUUUUGAUACAGUAAGCAGUUACCUGUCUGUGAACGACAAGUUUUAUAACGAUUUCGAUUACAGUUAUGAUGCUGAACAGUAUGGAUUAUUGAAGGCUGAAGGUGUUGAUGAAAUGAUGUCCAAAUACGUUGCCCAACUCCUGGUCAGAGACCCAAUCGUUUUAUACAAAGAGAAGAUCGAUCAAGACAUAAUGAAUGAUACGGAUCACAUUCAGACCAUUAUUGGAAGUAAUUGGCACAGCCUGAAACUGAAACUUCCUGAUGAGAAAUCUGGAUGGAAAAUAGAAUUCAGAACAAUGGAGCUUCAGUUGACCGAUUUUGAAAACGCUGCCCUUGUCGUAUUUCUGGUUCUUCUUACCCGAGUUAUACUUUCUUUCAAAUUAAACCUUUUGGUCCCAAUAACGAAGGUUGAUGAAAACUUCACAUCAGCACAAAAGCGGGAUUCCACUAAUACAGAAAAGUUUCACUUCAGGAAAAAUAUUCAAAAGGACUCUGCUGAUUGUGAACCAACUGAUGAUAUUUGCACAUUGAUGACUAUAAAUGAAAUCAUGAAUGGAAAGGAUGAUUUCCCUGGUUUAAUUCCUCUCAUACACAAAUAUCUUGAUUAUAAUUACGAUACCGGUAGCAGACCUCAAAAUAUGAAAUACCUGAAAUAUAUUUCAGACAAAGCUGCAGGAAAGAUAAUGACAAUGGCCCAAUGGACAAGACAGUUUGUAACAAAUCAUGAAGAUUACAAGAAUGACUCUGUUGUCAGUGAGAGAAUCGCUUAUGAUUUUAUGAUGGAAUGUGAGAAGAUUGUCAACAACGAAGAAGGAUGUCCUCAAGCAUUUAUCAGGAGUUAACAAAAACUACAACAAUUUCACUUUGUAUUCAGUCGAAUAAAAUUAUGCCAGUGCUUAUUAUUUUC